AAGCAAACAUUUCUGAAUCUGAUUUUAGGGUUUUAAGCCUUGAUGUAUGUAUCUAUUUAUAUAAGCAACUUAUCCAACCCUUUCCAUUUCUUCCACCUCCGCCAACAAACCCUAGCGGUUACCGCUCCAUCUUCAGAACCCAAAGCUUUCGGCCAUGGCGGAUGCUGAGACAGAGGUGGCUGUGGCCGGAGUGCCGAAGAAGAGAACAUUCAAGAAGUUUAGCUUCAGAGGCGUUGAUUUGGAUGCUCUCCUUGAUAUGUCCACCGAUGAACUCGUCAAGCUCUUCCCUGCUCGUGCUCGCAGAAGGUUCCAGAGGGGUCUCAAAAGAAAGCCCAUGGCUUUAAUCAAGAAACUCCGCAAGGCGAAAAGGGAGGCCCCACCUGGUGAGAAGCCAGAACCAGUCAGAACCCACCUGCGUAAUAUGAUCAUUGUACCUGAAAUGAUUGGAAGCAUUAUUGGUGUGUACAACGGCAAGACAUUCAAUCAGGUUGAAAUCAAGCCUGAAAUGAUUAGCCAUUACCUUGCUGAGUUCUCUAUUUCAUACAAGCCAGUUAAGCACGGUAGACCUGGUAUUGGUGCUACCCAUUCUUCAAGGUUCAUUCCUCUGAAGUGAAGUCUUUUCCUGCAGCCUGGAUACUUGAUCUGGUGUUACUAUGAAGAGAUAUUUAUGGUGAUCAAUUUAUGUUUGUUGCACUUUUAGUACUUUAAUUAAUGACAAUUUUAUAUCCAUUCGGUUGUUAUAUUCGACAAUGAGUCUCUGUUGCACUUGCUCAUGUUUUAAAGAGGUGCUUUGAAUGUUUAUAUCUAGUUGAAGAUGUCAAUGAUUUGGUAAUUUGCAAUUGCUGGUCUUUGAAAUUUGAUAAAUGGUUUGUUGA